AUGGCAAAUAAAGCAGUGGCUAUUGGCAUUGAUCUGGGAACAACCUACUCCUGUGUUGGCGUGUUCCAGCAUGGCAAGGUGGAGAUCAUAGCUAAUGACCAAGGAAACAGGACUACCCCAAGCUAUGUGGCCUUCACAGACACAGAAAGGUUGAUUGGAGAUGCUGCCAAGAACCAGGUCGCCCUCAACCCUCAGAAUACAGUGUUUGAUGCCAAGAGACUGAUUGGGAGGAAAUUUGAGGAACCAGUGGUGCAGUCUGACAUGAAGCACUGGCCCUUUACAGUGGUCUGUGAUGGAGGAAAGCCAAAGGUGAAGGUGGAGUACAAGGGAGAAGAGAAGACUUUCUCCCCUGAGGAGAUCUCAUCCAUGGUCCUGACCAAGAUGAAGGAGACAGCUGAGGCUUACCUGGGCUAUACUGUGACAAGUGCUGUUAUUACUGUCCCAGCCUACUUCAACGACUCUCAGAGGCAGGCUACCAAAGAUGCUGGCGUUAUUGCUGGUCUAAAUGUACUCAGAAUCAUUAAUGAGCCCACUGCAGCUGCAAUUGCCUAUGGACUGGAUAAGAGUGGGAGAGGUGAGAGAAAUGUCCUGAUAUUUGAUCUGGGAGGUGGUACAUUUGAUGUGUCCAUCCUGACCAUUGAUGAUGGCAUUUUCGAAGUCAAAUCCACUGCUGGGGACACCCACUUAGGAGGUGAAGAUUUUGAUAACCGAAUGGUGAAUCACUUUGUGGAAGAGUUCAAGCGCAAACAUAAGAAAGACCUAAGUCAAAACAAGAGGGCUAUCAGGAGACUACGGACUGCUUGUGAGAGAGCCAAGCGCACUCUGUCCUCUAGCACCCAGGCCAGUAUUGAGAUAGACUCUCUUUAUGAAGGUAUUGACUUCUACACAUCCAUCACCAGGGCUCGGUUUGAAGAACUGUGCUCAGAUCUGUUCAGAGGCACGCUGGAGCCAGUGGAGAAAGCCUUGCGAGAUGCCAAGCUAGACAAGUCUCAGAUUAAUGAGAUUGUACUUGUUGGAGGUUCCACUCGUAUACCCAAAGUUCAAAAACUCUUACAAGACUUCUUCAAUGGCAAAGAGCUGAACAAGAGCAUCAAUCCAGAUGAAGCUGUUGCAUAUGGAGCAGCUGUGCAGGCAGCCAUUCUGACUGGUGACAAAUCUGAAAAUGUUCAAGACUUGCUCCUGUUAGAUGUUGCUCCUCUCUCAUUGGGCUUGGAGACAGCUGGCGGCGUGAUGACUGUUCUAAUAAAACGCAAUACCACCAUCCCUACCAAGCAAACCCAGAUUUUUACCACAUACUCAGACAAUCAGCCUGGUGUGCUAAUCCAAGUGUACGAAGGAGAAAGGGCCAUGACCAAAGACAACAACCUUCUGGGAAAGUUUGACUUGAGUGGGAUACCACCAGCUCCACGAGGAGUGCCACAGAUUGAAGUCACCUUUGAUAUAGAUGCCAAUGGUAUCCUCAACGUGUCUGCUGUUGACAAGAGCUCUGGUAAACAGAACAAGAUAACCAUUACUAAUGACAAGGGUCGUCUCAGCAAAGAAGACAUUGAGAAAAUGGUACAAGAAGCAGAGAAAUACAAAGCUGAUGAUGAAGCUCAAAGAGAGAAAAUUGCUGCGAAAAAUGGACUUGAGGCGUAUGCCUUUAACAUGAAGAGUACUGUAGAAGAUGACGCUAUAAAGGGCAAGAUCAGUGAGCAAGAUAAAAACGCCAUUCUGGACAAAUGCAAGCAGGUACUCGCUUGGCUGGAAGCAAACCAGCUGGCAGAGAAGGAAGAAUAUGCACAUCAACAAAAAGAGCUAGAGAAGCUGUGUAACCCCAUCAUUACAAAACUAUACCAGGGUGGCAUGCCAGGAGCUGGACAUGCUGGCGGCAACCAGGCAAAAGGUGGCCCUACUAUUGAAGAGGUGGAUUAA